UCUGCUAGCUGUGAGAAGAAGAAAUAGACAGAGCUAGUUGUCCUUGAAGCCAUGAGUGGUAUUGGUUUUGAUCCUUACUACACCUCCUCAUACAAGCGCUGGUAUGUGGAGAGUGCUCCCCCACGUCCGGCGACACGGACCCGCUCGCGCACAGUGUACUCCAGCCAUCCAACUCCGCUGUCCUCAGCUCGGCUCCACUACAGCUCCCCCGGGCGCGUCUCCUCCUCCUCCUCCUUGUUUCUGAGCAGUGCUGCCCACCCUCUGGACUUGAGCCAGGCAGCACAGGUGAGCUCUGAUCUCAGAGCGGUACGCACUCAGGAGAAGGCCCAGCUGCAGGAGCUCAAUGAUCGCUUUGCUGGCUUCAUUGAGCGUGUCCAUGAGCUUGAGCAGCAGAACCGAGCCCUGGAGGCUGAGCUGCUUCUGCUGAGGCAGAGGCACAAUGAGCCAUCCUGCCUGCGUGCCCUGUAUGAGCAGGAAGCCCGAGUUCUCCGAGCCGCUGUGGAUGAGGCUGAACAUGAGAAGCAGGCUGCAAUGAGCAGAAGAGAGCACUUAGAAGAAAUGCUGAGGUCCCUGCAGAAGCAGUACGAUGACGAGUCCCUGGAACGUGAGAACUCUGAAGCCAGGCUCAUGGAUGCACGAAAAGAGGCUGACGAGCAAGCUCUUACUCAGCUGGAACUGGAGAAGAGAGUGGGUGUUCUUCUGGAUGAGCUGACCUUCCUCAAGAAGCUCCAUGAGGGAGAGAUCUCUGAGCUGCAAGUCCAGCUCCAGUAUGGUGCCCAAAUAGCCAUUGAAACCGAGACCACCAAGCCCGACCUGUCCAGUGCCCUACGUGACAUCCGGGCACAGUAUGAGAGGCUGGCAGCACGCAACAUGCAGGCUGCAGAAGAGUGGUACCGUGGAAAAAUGGGACAUCUGACAGAGACCGUGGCCCACCACACCAGCGCUGUGAGAACAUCCAAGGAUGAAGCAGGCGAGUACCGGCGGCAGCUGCAGGCACGCAUCCUGGAAAUAGAUGCCUGCAAGAAUCUUAAUGAAUCAUUGGAGAAACAGCUGAGAGAAGUGGAGGACAAGCAGAGUGCAGAAAUCACGGCCAUGCAGGACACAAUCAAUGAGCUUGACAAUGAACUCAGAGCCACUAAAGGUGAAAUGGCCAGGUACCUUAAAGAGUACCAAGAUCUCCUUAAUGUCAAGAUGGCACUUGAUAUUGAAAUAGCUGCAUACAGGAAGCUCUUGGAGGGUGAGGAAUCUCGUCUCAGUGCCGGCAUGGCAGGAAGUCUGACCAGUUCCUAUGCGAUGGCUCCUUCCUAUUCACGUGCCUUUUCUGUCCAGACAAGUAUGACCUCUGCUGCCCCCUAUCUGUUCAGCUCUCGCCUGAUGACUUCCACCCUCUCUGCGGAACCAUCUAAGGAAGAAGAGGAAGAGCAGGAGGAAGAAGAAAAGGAAGAGGAAGAGGAGGAAAAGGAAGAAGUAAAGGAAGAAGAAGAAGCAGCAGAAGAAGAAAAGACAGAGGAGAAGGAAGAAGGUGAAGCAAAAGAUGAAGCAGAAGAGAAACAAGAGGAGGAAGAAGAGGAGGCGGCAGAGGAGGAAGAAAAGGAAGGAGGUGAAGAAGAGGAGCAAGAAGGAGGAGAAGAUGCUGCACAGGUGGAAGAGGAAGAGGGUGGUGAGAAGGAAGGAGAAGAGGAAGAGGCCAAGAAAGAUGAGGAAAAAGGGGAUGAGAAGGUUGAGGCUGAGACAGACUCAGGAAAAGAUAAGGAGGAUAGUAAGUCAGCUGAGCCAGAUAAGGAGGAACCUGAGCCAAAACCUAAACCAACUAAAGAAAAAGUCAAAGAGGAGCCAGAGAAAGCUAAACCCAAAGAAGCAGAAAAACCAAAAGCAAAAGAUGAAGGUGAAACUAAAGCUGAGGGAAAGCAAGAACCAGAAAAGCAGAAAGAGGAAACAGAUAAACCCAAAGAAAAGAAGUAAAGAAAUCUCAGGUAGCCUGCACGUAUUUACCCUCAGUUCUCUGACAAUGGCGCCAA